AUAUUGUGCUUAUUUCUUCAUCUGCUCAGGGAAGCCAGACAGCUUUGGGGUGGCAUUCAAAGUUCAGGUUAAAAAGGGUGAAGUUUCUAACUGAGCACCUUGCUGGACAAUGACUCCUCCUGAAAGCAAACACCAGGCAGUGCCAAUGGAAAGAAGUUGGAAUGCCCUUAAAAAAAUCCCCAAGCUUUCCCCCAUGGCUUCAGAAUGAGCUAUAAAACGUAGCUGCAAAGAUGGCCCUGUGGAAUCUUCAUUUUGGUCUCAAUUCCGGCCAUUAAACACAAUGAGAAGGUGAUGCAGCAGGAGUUGAGCUCUGAUAGUGCUGCCAACACCUUGGAGAAGGCACCUCUUAAUUUUCCUUUAAGGCCAUGGACCUGGAGCCUUCCUGAGGGGGUGGAGGAGUGGAUAUUCCUUCAGAACAAAAGCUUCUGGAGUUGAAAUAUAAGAGGACUGCCCAACAGGAAAGUGGCCUCUGUAUCACUGCAGCACCUCCCAGUAAACCUGGAGGGUUUUGUAUUGGAACUCCUCACAAGCUCCCAUGGCUCAGGCUUUGAGUUGGCUGAUUUUGUUGUGGAGCCUGAGGACCUUCCCCAGAGGGGUCUCUUCCCUCUCAGCUGGCUGCAGCACGGACUGCCAGAGCCACUGCCUCAUAGACUGCAGGCAGGGGCAUUAUUACACAGCUGGCAACUGCCUGGAGUGCCCAGCAGGGUUCUACUGCCCUGGAGGCCAAGCAGCUCCAAGGAAAUGCCCUGUGGGAACUGCCAAUGAACUGACUGCUCAGGGAAACCUCUCAGCUUGCCAGGUUUGUCCCCGUGGCUACCUCAGCCUGGAGAGCAGGGCCGGCUGCCGAGCAUGUCCCGAGGGAUAUUCCUGUGAUCCAGGCACGGGCAUCCAGAGGAGCUGUGGGCCUGGUCAGCACUCACCAGAGGGAGAGCUGGACUGCAGGGAGUGCCCAGAGAGACACGUGUGCCCCGAUGGACGGAGCACACAGCACUGUUUGGCAGGUCAGCAGCCAAACCCCACUCGCACCCUCUGUGUCACCUGCACUCCUGCCUCCCUCUCAGCUGAGGACACUGAGCCCUGCCAACCCUGCCCAGCAGGUCACUUCUGUCCUGAUGGCCUCGAAGUCCCUCCAUGCCCAGCUGGGAGCUUCAAGCCCAAGGAGGGAGUUCCCAGAGCCAGCAGCAGCUCCUCAAGCUUGCCAGGAAGUGGCUUGUGUUCGAGGUGCCCUGCUGGGUAUUUCUGCCCCGCUGGAGCCAGGUUCCCAGUGCCCUGCCAGCCAGGCACACACAACCCUCUGCCAGGACAGGAUGAGGCUGCUGACUGCAGAGCCUGCCCAGCAGGGAGGGCUUGCACCCAGGCUGGCCUGGCCCAGCCUGACACAGAGUGCUCAGCAGGGUACGUGUGCCCCGCGGGGUCAGCCAGCCCUCAUGCCCCCAGCAAUGCCUGUCCUCCAGGAACACUUGGCAACCACUUCAACCUCUUUGACAAGUCCCAGUGUGAGCCCUGCCCUGCAGGAUUUGUCUGUGCCAGAGGAACAGGGGGGAAGCAGAAGCCUCCCAGCCCAUGUCCAGUUGGUCACUACUGCCCGCCUGGCACCAGGCCCCUGGCCCAGCUCCGGUGUGCCGCGGGCACCUGGAGCAACAGGACCAGCCUGGCCUCGGCUCAGGAGUGUUCCCCAUGCCCUGCGGGCUGGUUUUGCCUGGGAGGAGCCCGUGUCCCUACUGGGAGAUGCAGCUCAGGGCACUACUGCCCUCCAGGCGCCUGGAGGAGCACCCAGUUCCCCUGCCCUGCAGGAACCUACAGCACGCGGCUGGGCAGGGGCAGGCUGGAGGAUUGCUCUGCCUGCCCUGCCGGAGCCUUCUGCCCCCCUGGCACCUCCAAACCAGUGCUGUGCCCAGUAGGAUCCUUUCGCUCGGCCCCGGCAGCGGAGGCGGCUGCAGACUGCACCCCCUGUCCUGGGGGACAUCACUGCCCCGAGCUGGGCACCGUCACCCCUCGAGCUUGUGGGGCUGGCAACUUCUCGGAGCCGGGCUCAGCCUCUUGCUUGCCCUGCAGAGUUGGGCACUACUGUGCCAGUGAGAGCACCAGCCUGGAGGUGAUGCUGCUGGCCAUGGUGUGCCCAGCAGGGCUCCUGUGCCCGGGGGGACAGGCAGAUGUCCCAGAUGCCACUGCCAACGCCUGCCCACAGGGACACUUCUGUCCCCAGGGAGAUGCUGCUCAGCCUUGCCCCAAUGGCACCUAUGGUGAGCAGAGGGGACUGAGCAGUGCUGCUGGAUGCUCACCCUGCCCUGCAGGGAAGUUCUGCUACACAGAUGGGACGGAGCCUCCAGGAAUUCCUCACCCUACAGGGGAUUGCCCAGCUGGCUACCUGUGCCCUCCAGGGACUGGAUUCCCCUUCUCCUUCCCCUGCAUGCCAGGCAGCUUCUGGGAUAACUCCAGCACAGAGGGAGAAGGUGUUUGCAAGCCCAGCCCAGCCGGGCACUUCUGUGACUCCCCUGCCCUGACGGAGCCCAAGCCCUGCCCAGCAGGUUUUUACUGCGCUGAAGGCAGCUCCAAGCCUGAGCCCUGCCCAGAGGGGACAUUCAGUGACAGGCAGGGGUUGUCUGGACCCUCGGGGUGCAGCCCCUGUGCUCGGGGUUCCUACUGUGCUGCCCCAGGACAGACCGGGCCAAGUGGGCCUUGUGAGGCUGGAUUUUACUGUCAGGGCAGGGCUCUGACUCCAUGGCCCACGGAUGGUGUGACAGGAGCUGUGUGUCCUGCUGGCUCCUACUGCCCACCUGGCUCUGCCUUCCCCAUCCCCUGCCCUCCAGGGACUUUCAGCAACAUCAGUGGGCUGAGGAGCCUCCAGGAGUGCUUGGAUUGCCCACCUGGCUUGUAUUGUGCUGGGACAAACAACCAAGCUCCCUCAGGACCUUGUGAACCUGGAUACUUCUGCACAGGAGGGGCCAAAAGCGCUCUCCAGCACGUGGUGGUGAAGGGACAUUAUUCCUUAGCAGGAGCUUUCAAACCAGAGCCGUGUCCCCUUGGCACCUUCCAGCCUGGCCGUGCUCAGUCUCUCUGUAGGGACUGCCCUGAGGGUACUUUCUGCAGUGAGCCAGGCCUGGCUGCCCCCCAGGACUGUCCCAAAGGGCAUUUCUGCCUGGCUGGCAGCUUCUUGCCUCUCCCAUGUCCGGUGGGAACGUACACGGAUGUGGAGAGGGCAGGUUCCUGCAAGCCCUGCCCUGCAGGGAUGUUCUGCAGCAGGGCUGGGCUGCCUGAGCCAGAGGGACAUUGCCAGCCGGGCCAUUACUGCAGUCAGGGCUCCAGCACCUCCUCACCCGUAGGGCUUCCAUUUGGAGAUCUUUGCCCACGAGGACAUUAUUGCCCCGCUGGCACCGGGCACCCCAAGGAGAUGCCGUGUCCUGCUGGCACCUGGAAUGGCCAGAGAGGAGCCCAGGAUGUCACUUGGUGCCUGCCUUGUGCCCCUGGGUUUUUCUGCAACGUGUCUGGCCAAGAUGCUCCUGUGGGACUUUGUGCACAAGGCUAUUACUGCACGGGAAGGACAACGACUGCAACGCCAGAGGAUGGUGUCACCGGAGAUCUCUGUCCUCGGGGACAUUUCUGCCCUGCAGGCUCAGCAGCACCUUCCCCCUGCCCCAGUGGGGAAUACAGCAGUGCCACAGGUCAAGACAAAUGCUUUCCUUGUCCUGCUGGGUUUCACUGCUCAAAAGGGCUCAGGCGCCGCUGCCCUCCUGGGUUCUACUGCCCUCAGAAAACUGGGAUCGGAUUUUAUCCUUGUCCUCCUGGGACUUACAACCCCUCCUAUGGCCUGAGCCGUGCUGAGAGGUGCCAGCGGUGCCCUGCAGGGAUGUUCUGUGGAGAAUGGGGAUUAUCCUCUCCCAGUGGUCCCUGCUGGCCAGGAUUCUUCUGCACAGCAGGAGCAAGUGUCCCAAACCCCAGUGGAGCCACAAACACGAGCAGUGGUGGCCCCUGCCCACCUGGACACUUCUGCCCAGCUGGCACCAGUAUCCCCCAGCGAUGCCCUGUGGGCACUUACUCAGACAGGCUCCACAACUGGCAGGAUUCCAGCUGCACUGAGUGUCCACCUGGCCACUUCUGUGGCUCCCCGGGCCUCAAAGCCCCCUCAGGACCCUGCUCACCUGGGUACUUCUGCCAGCCUGGGGCUUCCUCACCGUCACCGCCUGGUGUGUGGGAGAAAGGAGGCCCUUGCCCUGUGAGCCACUUCUGCCCUGAAGGGAGCAGCUCUCCCCUUCCCUGCCAUGCAGGGACUUACAACAACCUCUCCCGACAAGCUGCCUGCUUCCCCUGUGCUGCGGGCUACUUCUGCCCAGAAAACACCACCAGCUACAGCUCAAACCCCUGCCCAGCUGGAUUUUACUGCCCCAAAGGCACCAAGUUUGCCACUGAGUUUCCCUGUCCCAGGGGUUACUACAACCCCGACCCCAUGACCCAGAGCUUGGACAGCUGCCUGCCCUGCCCACCUGGGCACUACUGCGGGAAGGAGGGGCUGACAGCUCCCUCAGGCAGGUGUGACCCAGGCUGGUUUUGCAUCUCAGCAGCCUGGACCUCCCAGCCCUUUGACCUGGACAACUACACCAAUGCCAACUGCCUGUGCCCGGCCACUGCCACCGGGGGGAAGUGCACAGCUGGCUUUUAUUGUCCCCAGGGAAGCCCAGAGCCUCUUCCUUGCCCCCUGGGGCUCUUCUGCAAUGCCUCAGGGCUGCCUGUCCCCAGCGGGGAAUGUGCUGCUGGGUUUUACUGUGCAGGGGAAGCUGCUGGCCCUAAACCCACGGAUGGUGUGACUGGGAACAUUUGCCCUGUGGGCUCUUACUGCACUGCAGCAUCAGCAGCGCCCCAGCCCUGCCCAGCAGGCACCUUCUCCAGCCUGCCAGGGAGGAGAGCACUUUCUGAAUGCCAGCCUUGCCCCUCUGGCUUCUACUGUGAGGAACCUGGCCUCAGUGCCCCAACUGGGGAGUGCUGGGAAGGUUUUUACUGUGACAGCCAGCAAGGACCAGUCACUGAUGUCACCCUCUACCCCUGCCCACAAGGCUUUUACUGCCCAGCAGGGACCAGCAGGAGCUCUCAGCACAGCUGCCCUGCAGGGACCUUCGGGCCGAGGCAAAAACUGAAAUCUGUCCAGGAAUGUCAAAGAUGCCCAGCAGGAAAAUACUGUGAACUCCCUGGCCUUGCUGCCCCAACAGGAGAUUGUGCUGAGGGCUUUUGGUGUAAAAGCGGUGCCCGGGUGAGAAACCCCCGGGAUGGAGAGUCAGGGCUGCCGUGCCCUGCUGGUCACUACUGUCCUGAAGGUGCCCCAGUGCCACUGCAGUGCCCUCCUGGCACGUGGUCAGGCCGGGAGGGCAGGAGGAACGUGCAGGAAUGCCAGCCCUGUCCUGGGGGACACUUCUGCAAUGGCUCUGGGCAGAGGGCACCCUCGGGGCAGUGCAGCCCUGGGUUCUACUGUGCCAGCGGCGCCCAGACCCCGACUCCCACCGAUGGCCUCUCAGGAGCUCCGUGUCCAGUCGGUCACUUCUGUCCCCGGGCCUCCAGGAGCCCAGUCCCAUGUCCCCCUGGCUCCCACGUGCCCCAUUCCCAUGGGGAGCAGUGCCAGGCUUGCCCAGAGGGUCAGUACUGUGUGUCUGGUGAGGAGGCAGCGCCGUGUCCCCAGGGGUACUUCUGUCCCCAGGGCACAGCUCUUCCAAUUGCUUGCCCAGCAGGAUCCUAUAACCCUUCACAGAGCCAAACCAGCUGCCUGCUGUGUCCUGAAGGGUUCUUCUGCCCCAAGAAUUCCUCUUCCUUUCUGGAGAAUGAAUGUCCCCCUGGCCACUACUGCCCUGCAGGCACUGCCUCUGCAGCUCAGUUCCCAUGUCCUAAAGGGACUUACAACCCCCAAGCUGGCAGCAGCCUGAGGUCCCACUGCAGCCCCUGUGAGCCAGGGCACUUCUGUGCACUCCCUGGGCAGUCCCAGGUGACAGGACCCUGCCUGGCCGGGUUCUACUGCACUGGAGGAGCUCCCAGUCCAACCCCCAGCGAUGGCCUGGUGGGGAACAGGUGCCCCCAGGGAGCCUACUGCCCUCUGGGCUCUGCCUCCCCACUGCCCUGCCCUCCUGGCCAGUACAGCAGCUCAGCUGGGAACACUGGGAUCCAGGACUGCCUCCUGUGUGAUGCAGGAUAUUUCUGCAAUGGCACUGGACUUGUGUCUCCCACUGGAUUGUGUGAGGCUGGGUUCUACUGCAGUGGAGGGAGCCUAUCUCCCAAACCUCCCAGGCCAACAGGCAGUGGAGGUCCGUGCCCCCCUGGCCAUUACUGCGAGGUGGGCAGCAGCAGAGCCCAGCCGUGCCCUGCAGGGACCUACAGCCCGUCCUGGAGCGGGACACGGUGCCUGGAGUGCCCAGAGGGCUUUUACUGCACCUCUGCCUCCACCAACUACACAGAUUGUCCUCAAGGUCACUACUGCCCCAGGAACACAGAAUUUGCCACGCAGCAUCCUUGUCCCGCCGGAACCUACAGCGAAGCCCUGAAUCUCUGGGAUGCUUCCAAGUGCCAGCUGUGUCCUCCUGGAAGGGUCUGUUCCAGGCCAGGCUUGGCCAGGCCAGAUGGACUCUGCGUGCCUGGGUGGUUUUGUCCACCUGGAUCCACAUCAAGCAAGCCAGUGUUUCCUGGAAAUUACUCUGGAAAGGCAGCUCCAGCUCCAGGAUCUGUUGGGUUGUGCCAAGCAGGAACUUUCUGUCCUGCUGGGUCAUCCCUUCCUCUUCCUUGCCCUCCAGGUUGGUUCUGUGCCAGCCCGAAGCUGGCAGCUCCAUCGGGUCCCUGCGAGGCUGGGUUCUACUGCACGGGAGGCUCCACAAUCCCAAACCCCAGGGAUGGAGCAGGGGGAAACCUCUGUCCCCAAGGCCACUUCUGUCCUGCAGGGAGUUAUUCCCCAUCUCCGUGUCCCCCAGGCUCCUUCUUGCCUCAUCCUGGUGGCCACUCAGCACAGGACUGCCAGCCCUGCUCCCCGGGCUGGUUCUGCCCCCAGCAUGGCCAGAGCUCCCCGGAGGGCUUGUGUAAGGAAGGAUGGUUUUGCCCUGCAGGCUCUGCGUCAGACCAGCACUCAGAUUAUUUGUGUCCUGUGGGUCACUACUGCCCCCCUGGCAGCCCGGAGCCCGUGCCCUGUCCCCCUGGAGAAUACCAGGAGCAGGCUGGGAAGGGCCAGUGUGAAACAUGCCCAGCAGGAAUGUUCUGUGCCCCACAAGAGCACCCAGGUGAUGUCCAAGAGAACAUCCACGGUGUGGCCAAAGCCCUGGAAUGCCCAGCAGGACAUUACUGCCCGCCAGGAACAAGGGCUGCCAACCAGUAUCCGUGUCCAGAGGGCACCUACAGCCACCAGCCUGGCCUGGCAAACCCCAGGGACUGCAGGCCUUGUGCUGGGGGCACGUUCUGUGCCAGGGCAGGACUCUCAGCCCCAAGUGGUCCGUGCUGGCCUGGGCAUUUCUGCACUUCCCAGGCCCGUGUGCCCAACCCUGUCAGUGAUGGGACAGGGGGUCUAUGCCCAGCAGGGCAUUUCUGCCCUCCAGGGAGCCCUGAGCCACAGCCCUGUCCCAGCAGCACCUUCCUGCCCCAGUCCGGGAUGGGUUCCCGUAAUUCCUGCCUGCCCUGUCCUGCAGGGAAGUUCUGCCAAGGAGAAGGCCUGGCUGCUGUAUCUGGACCGUGUCAGGCUGGGUAUUUCUGUGACCCUGGCUCCACACAGCCAGACCACAGGCUCUGCCCCGCUGGCUCCUACUGCCCUGAAGGCUCUGAAUUCCCAAUCCCCUGCAGCCCAGGAAGCUUCAGCCCUGUCAGUGGGAAAGGGCAGGCAGCAGACUGUGAGCUGUGCCCCGCUGGGCACUCCUGCAGCGGUCCUGGAGCACAAACUCCUGAGCUGUGCCCUGCUGGGCACUUCUGUCUGCCAGGGACCAACUUCAGCACGGAGCACCCAUGUCCCAAGGGCACCUUUGGCCCCAGGACUGGUGCCACCAGCGAGUCUGACUGCGAGCCCUGCCCAGCAGGGAUGUAUUGCUCAGCUCCAGGUCUAUCCCAGCCCUCUGGAUUUUGUUACCCAGGUUAUCACUGUGCCAAGGGAGCCAUCAGCCCAGCCCCCUUCAAGCAUAGGGUGGAAUCCUCCAGCCCUGCCCUGCCUGGCAAUGACAUCUGCCCCGUGGGCCACUUCUGCCCCCGUGGCACUGGGCACCCCAGGCCGUGUCCCCCUGGAUCCUUGUCCAGCGCCGUGGGCCUGGGGGCAGAGGAGCAGUGCCAACCCUGCCCAGCUGGGAGGGUUUGCAGUGGCCCAGGGCUGGCUGAGCUGGCCCAGACGUCUCUGUGUGACCCAGGCUAUGUUUGCCUGGAAGGAAACUCUGCUCCCUGCCCUUCGGAUGGGAUCCAUGGAUACAGAUGUCCCCGUGGCUCCUACUGCCCCGCGGGCUCGGGGCUGGAGCUGCCGUGUGAGCCUGGCACCUUCAGCCCCGUGCCCGGGGCCAGCGCCUGCCUGCCCUGCCCGGCUGGCACGUCCUGUGGCAGUGCUGGCACCGUGCAGCCCCUCAGCUGCCCCAGAGGGUACUACUGUCCAGGCCACACUGCCGUCCCCCUGCCGUGCCCCGAGGGGACACUGAACCCCUUGGAUGGGGCACUGGCACCCACAGCCUGCAGGCAGUGCCCCGUGGGGAGAUACUGCAGGGGAGAGGCCAACUGGGAGCCUGAUGGUCUGUGCUCGGCCGGGUACUUCUGUGAAGGGGGAGCCACCGAUGCCACCCCACGUGGGACAGCUGGGUUCCCUCUCAGCGGGCCCUGCCCUCUGGGGCACUACUGUCCAGAGGGAACUCCUUUCCCAGUUGCCUGCCCAGUUGGGACCCUCAACAACGCCACUGGAGGCAGCUCCCAGGCCAGCUGUGUGCCCUGCUACCCCGGGGCUUUCUGUGCCAGCGUUGGGCUGAGUUCUCCGACAGGACCUUGUUCUGAGGGGUUUUACUGCCCAGCAAACUUCAGCUCUGCCAGCCCCACGGCAUUCCUGUGCCCCAAGGGUCACUUCUGCAGGUCAGGGACAGCCCUCCCGAGGCCGUGCCCUGCUGGGCAGUACCAGCCAGCCACAGGCUCUGCCUCCUGCAUCCCGUGCCAGAGAGGAUUCUACUGCCAGGAGCUGGUGGCAGGGGAUGCCAGGCGCUGCCCACCUCAUUGCUACUGUCCCACAGGGACACGAGUUCCUCUCACCUGUCCUGAAGGCACCUUCACUCCUGAAAACGUGACGGGCCUCUGGAAUGAGAGGGAAUGCCUGCCUUGCCUGCCUGGCCACUACUGCAGGCAUGGAAGGCUGGAGGGGAAAUGUGCUGCUGGAUAUUUCUGCCUGGCUGGGAGCUCUCGGGCUGCUCCCCAAGGCCUCCCCUUCUCCUGGCGCUUCCUGGCCGGGUGCCGCUGGGGCCAGGUGUGUGCAGGGCUGUGUCCUGCAGGUUUCUACUGCCUGGAGGGGUCUGAGGUGCCUACACCGUGUCCUGCCAACACUCUCAGAGCUCUUCCAGGGGCUGGGAAGAGGGAGGAUUGCCUGCCCUGCCCACCGGGCCGCUGGUGCAAAGCAGGGGACUCGGAGGCCCAUCCCUGCCCUUUGGGACACUACUGCUUUGGGGGCAAUGGCAGUGACCACAGCAGUGUCCUGGCCCCUCAGGAGUGCCCUCCACAGACGUUCCGUGGGCACCCGGGAGCCCGGAGCUUGGCGGAGUGCCAGCCCUGCCCUCCGGGCUAUCACUGUCCCUUAUCAGGCCUGACCAGGUUUGAGGAUUAUCCCUGCCCCCCUGGAUACUGGUGCCCUGGCAAAGGGGACACUUUCCUCUGUCCAGCUGGCACUUCCAGGAUCCAGCCUGGUGCAAAAUCCUUGGAAGAGUGUGAUCCCUGCUCGCCUGGAUACUACUGCCCGGACCCAGCUCAGACAGGGCUCCCUAACACCCAGGGAAUACCUUGCAAACCUGGCUAUGAGUGCCCAGCAGGGUCAAUAAAUCCCAAGCCCUGCAGGCCUGGCUUUUACUGCAGUGCCCUGACAGGAGAGCCUCCCCUGUGUCCUGCUGGGUACCACUGUCCUGAGGGAUCCUGGACUUACAACAGCCCCGAGCAGCUGUGUGUGUUCCCAUACUACUGCCCCCUGGGCAGUGCCUACCCAGUGCCCUGUGAAGGAGGGCACAUGGCCCUCAGCCUGCCUGGCCUGAGGGGCUCAGCUGAGAAAUCCUGCAGGGUUUGUGCUGCAGGGACCUUCCGCAGUGACCCCCUGAUCUCAGCACCCUGCCAGCCCUGCCCAGCUGGCUUCACCUGCCCACCAGGCAGUGACAGCUACCACCAGCAGCCUUGUCCCCGUGGCCACUACUGCCCUGCUCUGGCCCCGGCCCCGCUGCCCUGUCCCCCGGGCACCCACAGGAGCAGCCACUUUGGCAAGCACCCAGGGGACUGCCAGGCCUGUCCUGCUGGCACCUUCAACCACCUCCCUGCCCAGGCUGCCUGCUUCCCCUGUGGCAGCUCUUCUUCCUCUCAGCCAGGUGCCACCAGCUGUACCUGCCAUGGGCUGAACAGGGCUUUCCAGCACUCAGAUGCCUCCUGCAUCUGCCAGGCAGGUUAUGUUUAUUACGAUGAGAGAGGCAAGAAAGACCCUGAUGGCAACAGUGAUCAGGAUUGCCGACCUCAGGUGGAUGAGCUGUGUGCCCCUGGCGAGGUCCGGCUGGCGUCCACGCGCCGCUGCGUCGUCCCCGAGCGCCACGACUGCGCUCCCGCCUGCGGGCCGGCGGGAGGGGAGCUCCACGCACAGCUGGGCAUAUGUCACUGCAAGCAGUACGUCUCUGCUGAGGAGCUCUGUGACCAGCUGUGCCUGCUGAGAGCCCCACGGAUCUCCCUAGGCUUUGGCACCCACAGAGAGCUGCUGCUCAGGAUGAACGAGGGGGAAGUGAGGGAGGUGUCAAACGUUCUGGGCCCAGAUGAGCACGUGCAGAGCAGCCAGAGGGUGCAUUUGGUGCUGUUCAGCCCGUGGGGAGUGCUGGGUUUCAUUGUCUCCAGCACAGAAGUGCUGGAUGCAUUUCUCACAGGAGAUUUUUCCUCAGAUCAGCUGCUGCAGAAAGGGCACAGAGCCCAGAGGAGUUCCCCCAAAGACAGCCAGGCCUUGCCCCUCAUCCCUAACCCAGUGGUGUGCCUGGAAGCAGGGGACACGAUCCUCUUCCAGCUUAGCAUCAGUUCCCAGGACCGGGCCUCCAGCCAUUACCCCGUUUACCAGAAGCAGCAUCUCUAUAACAACAACCCAGGCUGGGAUUUUGGACCUUUCCGAAGGCUGGACUACCUGAUCCAGGAGACUCAGCUCAACAUCUCCUGGUUUGCCCAUGUUUUCCUGGAGCCUGGGACAUACGUUUUCAGGGACAGCUCCGUUCAGGAACACUUCCUGAUUGUGACAGUGAACGAAGCAAACGUGAGCUGUGACCCUGGGGACUUGUCCUUCCAGCCCUCCUCCCUGUUCCAGCUGGCCAGACACGGCAUUUUGAAGCAGCAGGAUCUGAACCUGGCUCCCAACUGGGCUGCUAUCACAGCGAUCCUUUUUGUCCUUGGCUUCCUCGUGCUGGUGCUGACUACCCUGGCCAUCGUGCUCCAGCCUGCUGGCCCCAAAAUCAGCCCCCUGAAGAGCUGGAAGCCACGAUGGAGGAGCCUGGGAGAGCCACACAUCCCACCAGAGUACAUCCUCCUCAAGGACAGCCUCAAGUUCUAUCAGAUGCUUGGUCCUCGUGGGUCUGGAGAAGAUGCUGGCUCUGGAGAGAAAGGGGCAGUGCCCAAUGCAGAACACAGCUUUACACCCCGGCUCCUGGAGGAUUUCAGUGUUCGUACCCUCUAUGACAAGCUGGAGGAUCAGAAUUUGCACCUGGCCUCUCAGCUGGCAAAGCACAGGAUGGACGUGCUGGUGUUCCAUAACGGGAUCAGCCAGCGGAUCCAGAGCCUCAUGGACACAGUGCAAGCUCUGGACUGGGAAGCCCUGAAAACCUUUUCCAGGCAAGAGAACUGUGGGCAGAAACCUGCAGAGCAGAGCUGGGCAGCAGUCGGUGCUGAGCUGUGGGACGGACAUGGGAAUUUAACAGGUGCCCCAUGGCAGGAGGUGACAGAGUUAAUGAGGGCUCUGGAAGGGCUGCUUGGGAACACUCCUGACAGGAACAGAGCUGCGAAUCCAGAGACGGAGCUCGAGAUCCAAGCACAGGCUGCAGUGGGAGCUGUACCCUCCCUGCACAGCCUGACCAGUGAAAAUAAAUCAGAAGGGCAGGAUCCUGAGCUGCCUCAGCUUUGGGAGCUCUUCAGCACGAAAGAUGCUUUUUCCAGCCUCCCUGGGCAUGAAGAGCAUGGUUUGGAUCUCCAGUUGGUUUAUCUGACUGAGCUGGAGGUGGAGGGCCUGGUGGCAGCUUCCCCCCUUGCCAAGACCCUGUGUGAGAUCAAGGAAGCUUUGAUGAAUCUCCAGCAACCCUCAGCCCUUGACAGCAAACACCAAACCAGCCUGGGGAGCUCAGCCUUGUUCUGACUGCUGGAUUCCUGGGAUGAAGCUCUGCUGCUGGAAUAAAGAGGAGCUGCAUUGCUCAGAGCAUUGGAGGGACAGAAGCAGGAAUAUCUCAUGUUCUGCACUGUAAAAUAGCCACCAACUCACUUCCUGGAGGAGCUGAACUUCUCCUGGGCAAUGGAUAAAGUUGGACUGGGGAGGGAGGGGGUGUCUGGGACAGAGCAGCUUUACCUGAGGUAUCAGAACAGACAUUUAUUUAAUUAAGGAUGUAUUUGGUCAAAUAUGGGAUGAGUAAUCCAUAUUCUUUUUGCUUAACCUUGAAAUAUUUUCACAUUUGCCGUGGAUUAUCAGUAAUUUGGAGGCUGAAGUCCUUGGUGUUGCUAAUUUCAUGUUUUAGUUGUUAAGUCAAUAAAGCAAUAAACAGAAAGA